CAAAACUCGCUAUUCAUGUCCAGAGCGUUUUUGCUCAGAAGGGCGAACUCGCCGGAAACGAAUACGUUGUUAAGCCAAUUGAACUUGGAAUAUGAGUUAUGUUAUAAAAGUUCAGAACAAAGAAGGUGGAGAACAACUCCUCCAAAUAGAUCCUACAAAACUAAAAGUAAUGCAAGUCAUUCCUAGCUAUCAAGCUACUUCGUCCCCAGUUAUUUUGGAAAAACCUGAGAAGUCUACAUUUAGCAACAUUUCAAUCCUACCGUCAUCACUGUCUGAAAAUGUUAAGUGCACACGUCACAUGUCAGAACCUUCAACAAGUUCUGCAAUACAAGUCAUUCCUAGCUAUCAAGCUACUUCGUCCCCAGUUAUUUUGGAAAAACCUGGGAAGUCUACAUUUAGCAACAUUUCAAUCCUACCGUCAUCACUGUCUGAAAAUGUUAAGUGCACACGUCACAUGUCAGAACCGUCAAUACAAGAUGCCACUAAAGAGAAUUGGACAGAUGCAGAAAUACAGCUUUUACUUGAACAACGUCUUGGUAUGAAUGACAAGUUUGAAAAUCCAAAUAGCCGAAAGACACCAUAUUGGAAUUUAAUUGUUAAAGUUUUUGAAGAAAAAGGUUACAAAAUAACAAAAAAUGAUCUGGUCAACAAGUGGAAAAAUCUCCAAGUUACUUAUAAUCGGAGUAAGUUGAAAAGAACAGGCGAAAGUGCCAUCACUUGGAAGUAUUUCCAUGAAAUGUAUGAAGUUUUUGCGGCAAAAAAGAGUGUAAAUCCUCCGGAAGAAUCCCUGGGUUCAACUUUCAAACCGGAAAUACUUACCUUAAAGGAUGACUCAGCUGGCAUAUAUCAGGAAAAGACUGCAGAUAUCAAAGAAAAUAUUUUACCAACAAAAAAAAGGAAAUUAAAGAAAGAGAAAAUCAAAUUUCAAGAAGAAAUGUUACGACUUGUCAAGGAAAAGAAAUUACAAUCAUUACAAUUAAAGAAAGAAAUUUGGGAAGAUAAAAAAAAGAUUGCAACAGACAAAAUUGAAGCGAUAAACAGUCUUGUUACUGUCCUGAAAGGUUUACAACAAAAUCGUACUACAUAAUAUAAAUAUUAAACAUUUUUA